UUUUUUUUUAAUUUUACUAUAGAGUAUCAUUAAGUGGUCCCUGUUGGCCUUGAAUUUAUGAGGCUAAGGCUAACUAACCUUGAAUUUGUAAUCCUCCUGCCUCAGCCCCUGAGGUCCUGAGUAGUGGAGAUUACAGAUGUGCACCUCAGGUUGAGCUUAGUGUUUAUGCUUUGCUGUUUAUGUCUAACCCUGCUCAGACAGCCACAUAGGUAAGGCAGAGAAUACAAACCAGGUAAACUGACCAUUUCUUCAAAAUGUAGUUUUCACUUAGACUUUACAAAUGCAUUUGCUUCAGUGGCCUCCCAGCUCGGCUUUACUAUCGUCACUCGUAUGAAAACAUUUUGAUGCUUUGUCUUCUCGGUUUGUUGUAGUUAUUUUUGUUCUGUAUGUUAUGUGUGUACAUGUGUUCAGCUGUGUAUACUCCUGUGGAGGUCAAAGAUUGACUUUGCAUAUUUUUCUUUCUUUUUCUUUUUUUCUUGCUUGCUUGUUUGGUUCUCUGAGACAGGGUUUCUCUGUGUAGCCCUAGCUGUCCUGGAACUCAGUCUGUAGACCAGGCUGGCCUUGAAUUCCGAAAUCUACCUGCCUCUGCCUCCCAAGUGCUGCGCCACCACUGCCCAGCCACCUCCAUGAAUUCACACAUAAGUUUUGGGGAUCCAGCAGGCACUUUACCCACUGAGCUAUUUCUUCAGCAGUCUGGCUUUGAAGUUCAAAUAAGCUCAGACCCUGUUUGAUCAGAUGGAACCUGUGAAUUUCCUUCGGGAACUGUGUCCUGGGUGGCAAAUGUUUAAAAGCUUCAGUGUGGCCCAAGGUGGGCUAUGGCUUUGUUUAUGCCCCCGUUAUCCAGUGGCUAGCAGCCCUGGGGCAGCUCUGGCACAUGGCUUUAGACUGUAGUUUUUGUUCUUUUAAUCAGCUCUCACUAUGUAGUUCCUUGCUGGCCUGGCCUGGCCCCUGCCAUAUACACCAGGCUGGCUUUGAACUUGCAGAGGUCUGCCUGCCUCUGCCUCCUGAGUGUGGGGAUUAAAGAUGUGUGUCACAGCUGGCCUACGUUGUAGGUCUUUGUUCAUCUCUGAAGUUGCUUUAACCCAAGGAUUGGGUGUUUGCCUCAGCUUCCUCCUUAGGAUUGCAUUCCCUGAUGUAACUGAAUCCCUCCAAGGCUUCCUAGGCUUCGAAUUGCUUUGCUCUGGGAAGCUGGUUCGAGCCCUUGGCAAAGGACAAAUGUCUUGGAACAUAAGACUAUUUGCUGAAAAUCUUGCUUGUAAGUCCUCCCUGAACCUCCUCGGCCAAACUCAUCAGUCUGCUAUCAAAGCUUGUUACGCCUAAGCCUAAUUUUGUACCCUUAAGUAUUGUGCCUUUUGUGUGGCUCACUGCUGAGCGACACCAAGCUCUCGACUCCCAGUUAUAGUCCCAGUUUACCAGAGAAAAAUGCUGUGCCACAAUACAAGUGAAAAAAAGGAAGGCUUGUAAGAUGAUGUUGUGUGUGUAACAAACGCGCCAGAAAGACUAGCAGGGGCCCAGAGAGAUGGCACAGGGUGUGUGUGUGUGUGUGUGUGUGUGUGUGUGUGUGUGUGUGGGUUGGCUCUCCAGAACCAACAUAAAAGCAGGGCAGCCUAUUUGUAAUCCUGGAGCUCAAGGGAGACAAGAGAAUCCUGGGCAAGAUGUCGUGCCAGACUAGCCAAAAUGGCAGGCUCCGGGUUCUGUGAUAGAGCCUGUCUCAGAAAACAAAGGUGGAGAGCAGUGGAGAAAGACAGUAGAGGUCAGCCUCGGGCCUCCACGUUCCUGUACGCACAGAUGCAGACACACUCCACCACGUGCUCACACAGUAUGAACAGGGCACACACGCUCGACACAUGCACUUGGAACAGACAGAAGGAACAGUGAUGCCCCCCAGCAAUCGGAAGACCAACUGGUACAGAUUCGUAAUGCCUCCUGCUUACCUCUUUCAAGAUGGAGGGGACAUCUGUGGGAGAGCCUACUCAAGUGGUGUCUAAAGUCAAACUUUCCACAAAAGGAGAAAACACAGGACACUGGCUGGUGGAUGAUCAUGCUCGAAUAUGGGAAGUUUUGAAGACAGAGGAGGUUGAAGGGGACCAGCUGCCUCCAGGACACACAGUCAGUCAGUACGAGACCUGCAAGAUCAGGACCAUCAAAGCUGGUACGCUGGAGAAGCUUGUGGAGAACCUGCUGACGGCUUUUGGGGACAAUGACUUUACCUACAUCAGCAUCUUUUUGUCGACAUACAGAGGCUUUGCCUCGACUAAGGAAGUGCUGGAGCUGCUGCUGGACAGGUAUGGAAACCUGACAGGCCCAAACUGUGAAGACGAUGGAAGCCAAAGUUCACCCGAGUCCAAGGCCGUGAUCCGGAAUGCCAUUGCUUCCAUCCUGAGGGCCUGGCUUGACCAGUGUGCGGAAGACUUCCGGGAGCCCCCUCACUUCCCUUGCCUUCAGAAGCUGCUGGAGUACCUCAAACAGAUGAUGCCUGGCUCUGACCCAGAGAGGAGAGCACAGAACCUUCUUGAACAGUUUCAAAAGCAGGACGUGGAUUCCGACAAUGGACUUCUCAACACCAGCUCCUUCAGCCUGGAAGAGGAAGAGGAACUGGAGAGCGGAGGGUCAGCAGAAUUCACGAACUUCUCAGAAGAUCUCGUGGCAGAACAGCUGACCUACAUGGACGCACAACUAUUCAAGAAGGUAGUGCCUCACCAUUGCCUGGGCUGUAUUUGGUCUCAGCGGGAUAAAAAGGAAAACAAGCAUUUGGCUCCUACGAUCCGUGCCACCAUCUCUCAGUUUAAUACGCUCACCAAGUGUGUUGUCAGCACCGUCCUGGGGAGCAAGGAACUCAAAACUCAGCAGCGAGCCAGAGUCAUCGAGAAGUGGAUCAACAUUGCUCACGAAUGUAGAAUCCUGAAGAAUUUUUCCUCCUUGAGGGCCAUCGUUUCCGCACUGCAGUCUAAUUCCAUCUAUCGGUUGAAAAAGGCUUGGGCUGCUGUCCCGAAGGACAGAAUGCUGAUGUUUGAAGAACUUUCAGAUAUCUUCUCUGAUCACAAUAACCAUCUAACCAGUCGGGAGCUACUAAUGAAGGAAGGAACUUCAAAAUUUGCAAACCUGGACAGCAGCGUGAAAGAAAACCAGAAGCGGACCCAGAGGCGCCUGCAACUGCAGAAGGAUAUGGGUGUGAUGCAGGGUACCGUGCCUUACCUGGGCACCUUCCUGACUGACCUGACCAUGCUGGACACUGCCCUGCAGGACUACAUUGAGGGUGGACUGAUCAACUUCGAGAAAAGAAGAAGGGAAUUUGAAGUCAUUGCCCAGAUAAAGCUCCUACAGUCUGCUUGCAACAGCUACUGCAUGGGCCCAGACCAGAAGUUUAUCCAGUGGUUCCAGAGGCAGCAGCUUCUAUCAGAGGAGGAAAGCUACGCCCUCUCGUGUGAGAUUGAAGCCGCUGCCGACGCCAACACCACUUCCCCUAAGCCUCGGAAAAGCAUGGUGAAGAGGCUGAGCCUGCUAUUUCUGGGGUCUGACAUCAUCCCCGGGAGCACUCCCACCAAAGAGCAGCCCAAGUCCGCAGCCAGUGGGAGCUCUGGGGAGAGUAUGGACUCAGUCAGUGUGUCGUCCUGUGAAUCAAACCACUCCGAGGCUGAGGAGGGCCCCGUCACACCCAUGGACACACCAGAUGAGCCCCAAAAGAAGCUCUCUGAAUCCUCCUCUUCCUGUUCCUCCAUCCAUUCCAUGGACACGAAUUCCUCAGGGAUGUCGUCCCUAAUCAACCCCCUGUCCUCCCCUCCAACGUGCAACAACAAUCCUAAAAUCCACAAGCGCUCCGUCUCCGUGACAUCCAUUACCUCCACAGUACUGCCUCCUGUUUACAAUCAGCAGAACGAAGACACCUGCAUCAUCCGCAUCAGUGUAGAAGACAACAAUGGCAACAUGUACAAGAGCAUCAUGCUGACAAGCCAGGAUAAGACCCCCGCUGUGAUCCAGAGAGCGAUGUCGAAGCACAACCUGGAGUCGGACCCCGCCGAGGAGUAUGAGCUGGUGCAGGUCAUCUCGGAGGACAAAGAACUAGUGAUCCCGGACUCUGCAAACGUCUUUUACGCCAUGAAUAGCCAAGUGAACUUUGAUUUCAUUUUACGCAAAAAGAACUCGGUGGAGGAGCAGGUGAAGUUGCGCAGUCGGACCAGCCUGACUUUGCCCAGGACAGCUAAGCGGGGCUGCUGGAGUAACAGGCACAGCAAGAUCACCCUCUGAAAGGGACAGUACACUCCUACUGCCCAAGGCAGAGUGAGGCUGAGCAAAAGCCAUGGCGACGCCAACCACCACCCAGUGUUGAGCAUCAUUGGUGAAAGCGACAGAUAUUUAUAGAAUUCAGCUGUGCAGAGAGCACUGUGCAGGGGAGAGUGGAAGUGAAUUUGACAUUAAAAGGAUAAAAGGUUCACUGAUGCUCUUAGAUCUGAGAGUGAAUACAAAAUAGUCCAUAUUUUAAAAUAUAUAUACACACGCAUAUCGUGUGUGUAUGCGUGUGUUUGUGUGUGUGUGUGUGUGUGUGUGUGUGUGUGUGUGUAUGUAGAUAUACCAGAGGGACUAUACAGGAUAUUCUGGACUAUGGAAAAACCAAUUUGCACAAUGGCCUGGGAAGUUGAGGUCACUUUUUACAGGGAAACAGAAGGGACCAAGAACCUGGUCUCAUACUUCCAAGUAAAUAGAAUUAGAACUACCAAUGCGGAGUGUUCUUCAUGCCAGUAUUACAAGCCCAGGCUCUUAUUUUUGUAAAGGGAGAGAAUUCCUUUCUCAGUCAUGUGCCACCAGAUGACCAAACAGCAGAGAUUGACAUGGCCAUAGGCUGCAUGAAAGGCCACCAUGGAAAGGUUCGGAUGGGUCAGUGGUCUCUGCCCCCUGCUGGAGUCUGCUGGAGCAUCUGAGGCCUGUGUGCCUUGCUGGUCCCCGUCACAAUGCCCCUGGGGUCAACACAAGCUUGUUUCAAUUCCUGGAAACCCUGUUGUGUUUCUGCAUUCUCUCCUGAGGAACGCACCACAAUCAUUACCACACAGGUAGCCUCGGUCUUCCAUAACUUUUCAGCCAGAGAAGAAAGCGCAGAAGCACAGCAACUCCUCUGGACUCUCCUCUGUCUUGGACCACUCCACCACCCUCUGAUUGCCUUUGCAUGUAGCAGUGUACAUCCGGUCGUUUGCCAUCUUUAGCUGUGGGCCUCUGUCUUAUGAGCAGUUCUUCCUCAGGUGUAGACAUUUCUGCUGCAGUCAACUCCAUGCAAUCAUUUCAAGCCUGUGAAAGAUUUCUGAGCAGCAACCCCCCCCCCCCCCCCCCGUCAACCCCUCAGAAACUGUCUCCCACUGACUAACCGCGGCUCCUGUUUCCUUCUUUACUUUAGUAGCAUUCCUGUGUUCAGGUCACAGGGAGAGAAAGGAGACUGCGACUGCCGUCUCUGUCCUUUCUCACAGCAGUGCACCCUUAUAGAAGGGAAGAGUCGCGCUCUUCUUUCUCACCUCUCACUUACUCUCCUGGUGGCGCUGGUAAGUGAUGGGUUUUGUCUGUAAUAACAGUUUCAUUCUGUGCUUCCGAUCUGCGCUAUGCUGGGAUCUGAAUGGAAAAGCCAUACAUGAAGGAGCUGACAUGUAUAAGAAGCACUUUCAAAUUAUUGUUCCUUUUUAAUUUUUUUCUCCAAAUACCAGUUUUUAUUCCAAAAAUAAAGAGAAUGAACCCAGAAUACGAUAUCCA